CUUUGAGCGUGUACACAGUGCAACGUGAACGGAGCUGAGCAGAGCGGCUGCCGCGAAGAGUAUCAUUUUUUUAGCCUGGCAUAUUAAACAUUCACUUAAAACAAUUUAACAACAAUUCAAAUCGCACAUAACGAACCGACGACCAGUAACCAGAGCAAUAAUUAAGUUCAAAUUCAAAUGAAAUAUUGUGCAAAAUAUAGUGAGUUUUCAAAUGUUGUUUGUAUUUAAUAAAUGAUUUGCAAAUGCAAUCGAAAAUCUAUUUUGGAAUUACAAAUUGCUUCCAAUGGAAAUCAUGUGCCUAAAAAUGUAAAUUGCGCAAAGAAAAUCGACGUCUAUUUAAAAGUCCAACAACAACAACAACAACAACAACGACCACGGCAAAAAUAUCUAGCGAAAAAAAACACAAAAAAAAUUUCAAUUCAAAUACAAAACGUGUUAAGCGAAAAAUAAAACAACAGCAAAAGCAGCAGCUACAACAACACCAACAAGCACAACAACAGCAGCAGUAACAACAACACCAACAACAACAACAACAACAGCUACAACAGCAGCAACAACAACGACACACGAAAUUUGUCUAUAUAAAAUUGCAUAAAAAUAUUUUUUUACUGUAGUGUGUUGUCGUAGCGCACAAAUACAGCUGCAAAGCGACACUCACACAGCUGCAGCCGUCGACGUGGCCCCCGUCUAAGUGUUUGUCCGUGUGAGCAUGUGUGUGUGCGUGCCAGUGUACAUGUGUGUGUGUGAGCCGCAGUCGCUGUCAACGUCAACGUCAACGUAAACGUCGCCGUCUCCGUCACCGUUACCGUCGUCGCUGUCGCCGUCGUCGUCGUCGCUGCUGCCGUCGCAAACGUUCAUUUAUUAUUAUUAUUAUAUUUUUGGCACGCAAACCUGUAACAGUCGCCUGUGCUGCCAGCGUCGCCGUUUCCGUCGCAGUCGCAGUCGCUGUCAACGUCGCGUUUUGUGUUAAUUAAAUUUACUUUUGUGAAUGAAAUGCGAAAAAAAACCAGCAAAGCGAAUAAAAAAAUCUUUUUUAAUAUGUACAUAAAUGCUAAAUAAAUAACGCAAGCAGCAAAGCAAAGCUACGCCCGUCUAUUUGUAUAUACACAUACACACGCGCACACAAAUAUAUAUAUAAAUAUAUACAUAUAAACACACACACACACACACACACGUAUGUAUUAUGUGCCGCGAUCGCGAGUAGUCGAAAUAAAGGCCACCAAAUUCAAGUCAAAUCCGAGUGCCCCAAACGCGCCAACUUUGGAUUAUACGAGCAUAUAAACGAGUACGCAGCAUUAAUUGGAUAUAUACACAUAAAUAUAUAUAGUCCGAAUCAGAUCGAACGGAUUAUACAGCCCGCAACAUUUUCAUAUUGGAUUUUAACGGAUUGCUUUUGAAAAUCAACAAAGCAAUCGCCGCUGUGCUUGGCAAAUUGUCGGAGCAGCACGUGCGCUAGGAUGAAGGCAAAUCGCAACGAUUUUGGGCACAGCAACUACCGAGGGAACUAUUGAGGGGCCGAAUCAUUGGAGCGCAGCGCAACCGUUGUUGUAGACCUAGCCCCAGUGCAGUGCAGUCUGCAAGGCUGGUGUUUGGAAUUGGCCUUUGAAGCACUUCAUGGAUCGCAGAAAUGGCGGCGAUCCCUUGGCGCCACCCCGGCCCCCAAAGCUGCUACCGCGCGUGCAUCGACCAAGGGCGCCGGAGCCAACAGCGUUAGGUGGCGACAGCAGCAGCAGCAACAGCCACAGCAGCAGCAACAACAAUCCGAGUAUUAGCACAAACACUGCAACACUUGCAACAGCAACAACAACCAGCAACACCAGCAACACCAGCAACAGCAACAACAACAACAACACGAUAUCUAUUAUACCCACAACGGCGGACUUCGACGACUAUCAGAUACAUCAUCUGACAUUUCUGCCGCAGCGUCCGAGCAGCCUCAGCCGCAACAGCAGCAACGCCUCCUCCUCGACGGCCACGGCGAACAGCAGCGCUGGUUCCACCUCCAGCUUUACGCGUCGCCGUCCGCCCGCACCGCUGCUGACCCCCGUCGGAGGGAGCAGCAUCGGCAGCAGCAACAACAACCACUUCCUUAGUCAUUUCCAAAGCGCUGAGCCCGUGUCGGCACUGUUGUCAACGGGUCAGCCGCCCGCCUCCCCCGUCACGCUGGCGCAACCGCGACCCGAAUCCGAAAGGCUCACCAAUGAGUAUGUGGACACGCCGCUGCAGCAUGCGACGCGCAGCCAGCAUCCGGCCGGGCAGCAGGACAACGGCCAGACAACGACGCAUCAUCUCCUGCUGCUACCCCAGCGGCAGCACCAACAGCAUCAGGCGCCAGGAGGAGCAACCCACACACAACAUGCCCAUCACAUUAAUCGACUGGCGGCGGUCACCACGUCAACGUCGACGUCAGCGUCAGCGUCAGCAGCGGCAGCGGCAGCGACAGCGACAGCGGCGGGUAUCGAUGGCACCGAUGGCUUAUUACAUUCGCAUUUGCACCACAAUCCCGCGCAGCAUCAUCCACAGCAGCUGCAGCAGCAGCAACCGCAUCAGUUAAAUGGCCACACCAAAGCAACACCCGCCUCCAAGUUUGGUCCGCCGCCUCCGCCGGCGCCACGCGGCAUCCUCGGACUGGGCUUUGCGGCGGCAGCCACAGCGCAGCCAUUGACGCAGCCGAUCACCAAGCAGCCCGCCUCCGGCAAGGAGCACAUGCAUGCCCUGGAGGAGCUGCUCCAGCAGCAGCAUCAUCAGCAGCAGCAUCAUCAUCAGCAGGGGCUGCCGGGCGGCGGUGGCCAGCUGGGCGCGUCCAUUGUGAUGGGCGGAGAUCCGUCGCUGCUGAAUCCGAUUGUCUGUCCACGGUGCGGGAUGUGCCGCUGCGAGCAGUGCCAGAGCCCCCGACCGCUGCCCCAGACCUGGGUGUGCAACAAGACGUGCCUGUGCAGCGCCGAGUCCAUCAUCGACUAUGCCUCGUGCCUGUGCUGCGCCAAGGCGCUGUUCUACCAUUGCGCCCGGGACAACGACAUGGACUGCGACGAUGGCACCGGCACACCCUGCGUCGAUAAUCCCUGUUCCUGCGGCCCCUACAAGCGCACCCAGCGCUGGGGCUGGCUGGGCGCCCUCUCCAUUGUGCUGCCCUGCCUCUGGUGCUAUUGGCCCAUGCGCGGCUGCAUCAAGCUCUGCGAGAAGUGCUACGCACGGUUCGCGGGUCGCGGCUGCCGCUGCCAGGGCAACAAUGCCAACAACUGCGGCUCCAGCGCCGGCGGCAUCGGCUCCACCAGCAGCAUGAUGCCCAUUGUGCCUCUCGGCGGCGGCGGCGGCGGCGGCGGCGGCAUGCCAAACGUCAACGGCAACGGCAACGGCGGCUUGAAUGGAUCACAAAAUGGCGGGCUCCAGGCGAAUGGCAAGGGAUUCGAGCAUGGCUGCAGCGCGGCCAGCCGGAUAUUGCGCAAGGGCGAUCUGACGCCGGAGAAGCGGCUGCUCGACUCCAGUCCGGACUACUAAACAGCGCAGAAUGCGGUGGAAGGCGGAGCGCGCGUUUUGUGCGCGUUUUUUGCCGCGCGUAAAAAACGCGACACACGACGUAAGCUUAAACAAGGGCGGGACGGAGAGUGGGGAGCUUCGAAAUUUAUAUAUAUAUACGCCUAUAUAUACAAAUAUUAAAUGUAUGACUUAAAGAUAUACACCUAUAUAUAUAUAUAUAUAUAUAUAUAUACAAAUAUUAAUUGUAUGAUUUGAAAGAUAUACAAACAAAAAAAUGUUUAAUGUAUGUUUUAAAAAAAAAAAGGAAAAAAGAAAAGAAAAAAUAAAUAACCAAAGACUGCAAACAGAUAAUUAUUAAUUAUUAGAAAUGUUAUUUAAAAAAUAAUGUUCGCUUAAUUUAAACAAAAACUAAUUCAAACAAAACUAAAAACAAAAAAAACAAACAAAAACUAAAACUAAAACGAGCGACAACGCAUUCAAUUAAAAUGUGUUUUCAAACAAUGUUUUUAUUUUUUUUUGUAUUCAAAUAUAUUUUGCAUUAUUAAUUUUUGGCGAGGUUGUUUUGUUUUUUUCGAUGGUUUUGUUAAACUUUUCAAAGUCAACUUUUUCUCAAUGCAAGCAAAUAAUUCCAAUAAUAUUUCGAGAACACCAAUGAACACAGUCUGUAAAGUAAACCCAGCCGGAAACAAGCGAGAAAGAGCAACUUUUAGAUAAAUAUAUUUAUACGCGCCAAAACCUAAUGAAAACAUAUAUGCAUACAUAUAUAUACACACAUACAUACAUACAUACAUACAUACAUAUAUAUAUACAUAUAUACCUUAACACAAGACACAGCAACAAGGCAAACAUUUUUAAGAUAACAGUCCAUUUUGAUGUUGUAGCUAAUGCAUAAAAAAACUAUAAAGAAAGAGUAUUCAAAAUUAUGCACAUUUUAUGUCUAUAUACGAUCUAUAUAGUAGCAGCAAAUGAAAGAAGAAGAAGAAGCAGAGCAAACGCGGUACGAAUUUAACGGCUAAUAUUAUGUAUCAAAAAAAAAGAAGAAAAAUUAAUAAAUAAAACACAUUUUGGUAUUUAAGUCCAGCUAAAGAUCUGUCUAAAUGUGCUUAUGUGUGCGUAUGUGUGAGUGUAUGUGCAUGUGUGUGUGUGUGUGUGUGUGUGUUGUGUACAUAUGUGGAAUCUAAAGUCAGUUGGCCAUAAAAAGUUUACUUUACUACAGGAAAAUAAGCAAAAAAAACAACAAAAAACUGAUAACAUAAUUUUAUAAAAAAUACUAAAAAAAAAAACAGAUACGAAAAUUAAUUUCCUAUUAAUGUAUUUUAUAUGAAAAAUUGUAGUUUUUUUUUUUCUUUGGUAAAAAGUAAUACUGAAUUGUGCGCACAAUUCCUCGACACAUGCCUAGAAAAUCAAGCAGCAAAUUAUUCUAAACAAAAACAAAUGCAAAAAAAAUUCCAAAUAACAAACAAAAAACUAAUUAAAAUAAAAAUAAAACAAAAGUCAAACAAAUUCUUAAAUACAUCAAUUUAUAUGCAGCAAAAUACAACAAGAAUUUUAUAUAUGCAAAACUGGAGAAAAUGAGAAAAAUGAAGCUACAUAAAUCGAUUAGCAGAAGCGACAAAAUUUACAAAAAAUUAAUGUUGAAAAAUAAAAAAAAAAAACACACAAAAACAAUUUACCAUAUGUUAUAAAUGUAUAUGUUAUAGUAUAAGCUAAUAGCUGAGUAAUGCACAAAACAAACAUAUACUAUGCUUAAAAAACCUAACUAUUAAAAGAGAUAUAAACAAAACAGAAAAACAAACAAAAAACAUAAAAAACAAACUAAAUGCAAAAACAAACUCCCUAAGGA